UAUGUAGAAGAUUUGGAGGGAUUUAAAUUCAAGAUGGCGGCAAUAUGGUGGUAAUCAUUGGCGUUAAGUAAACGUUAGUGUGCGUGCCCGGUUGUUAUUGUGAAAGAAUUCAACAUUAAAUAAUAUACAAUUGAUUGUAAAUCAUAACUAUUAAAAUUCUAUAAAUCUCGAGUAAUUCUAAAAAUAAGAAAAUGUCGAAAGCUGAAGAAAAUGCAGAGACAGGUGAUGCUGGAGAUAAUUCCAACGACUCUUCAGCUGAAACAUCGUCCUCAAGAGGUGGCGACUUUGAAACUAAACUAGAAACUGAUCGUAGUAAGCGAUUUGAAUACUUACUUAAACAAACAGAAAUAUUUUCUCACUUUAUGACUAAUAACCAAAAAGAUAAAACAAGUCCAUUAAAAGUAAAACCCGGCAGACCACGAAAACAACCAGUUGAAAGCAAAGACGCGUCUAGUGAUCAUAGGCAUCGAAAAACAGAACAAGAAGAAGAUGAAGAGCUUCUUGCUGAAUCUAAUACGAGCGUAGCUCCAAUUACACGCUUUGAAUCAUCACCUCACUACAUUAAGUCCGGAGAAUUACGAGAUUAUCAAAUCAGAGGACUUAAUUGGAUGAUUUCUUUAUAUGAAAAUGGAAUCAAUGGUAUUUUGGCUGAUGAAAUGGGUCUUGGAAAGACCUUACAGACGAUAUCUUUACUUGGAUAUAUGAAACACUUCAGAAACAUUCCUGGACCUCACAUCGUUAUUGUUCCCAAGUCAACAUUAGCUAAUUGGAUGAAUGAAUUUAAGAAAUGGUGUCCAUCUCUUAGAGCAGUUUGUCUAAUUGGAGAUGCUGAGACUCGUAAUACCUUCAUCAGAGAUGUAAUGAUGCCCGGAGAAUGGGAUGUAUGUGUUACGUCUUAUGAGAUGGUUAUAAAGGAAAAGUCUGUAUUUAAAAAAUUUAAUUGGCGAUAUAUGGUCAUUGAUGAAGCUCAUAGGAUAAAAAAUGAGAAAUCAAAGUUAUCAGAAAUUCUUCGAGAAUUCAAAACGACUAAUAGAUUAUUAUUAACUGGUACACCACUACAGAAUAACCUUCACGAGCUUUGGUCACUACUAAAUUUCCUUUUACCUGAUGUAUUUAAUAGUUCUGACGAUUUUGAUUCAUGGUUUAAUACUAAUAGUUUUUUAGGUGAUAAUUCUUUAGUUGAACGACUUCAUGCAGUUCUCAGACCAUUUUUACUGCGACGUCUAAAGGCUGAAGUAGAAAAAGGUUUAAAACCGAAGAAAGAAAUUAAAGUUUAUAUUGGUUUGAGCAAAAUGCAACGAGAAUGGUAUACUAAAGUACUUAUGAAAGAUAUUGAUAUCGUUAAUGGAGCUGGAAAAAUCGAAAAAAUGCGAUUACAAAAUAUUCUUAUGCAGUUGCGAAAAUGUUGUAAUCAUCCGUAUCUAUUUGAUGGUGCAGAACCUGGACCUCCUUACACUACAGAUGAACAUCUUGUAUAUAAUUGUGGUAAAAUGGUUAUUCUUGAUAAAUUAUUGCCAAAACUCCAGCAGCAAGACUCUCGAGUACUUAUAUUCAGUCAAAUGACAAGGAUGUUAGAUAUUCUGGAGGAUUAUUGUCAUUGGCGUGGAUUCCAAUAUUGUCGUUUAGAUGGUAACACAGCUCAUGAAGAUCGUCAACGACAAAUCAACGAAUAUAAUGCACCAAACAGUGAAAAAUUUAUUUUUAUGUUAUCCACUCGUGCUGGUGGUCUUGGAAUCAAUUUAGCGACAGCAGAUGUAGUCAUUAUUUAUGAUUCUGAUUGGAAUCCUCAAAUGGAUCUUCAAGCUAUGGACAGAGCUCAUCGUAUUGGUCAGCAGAAGCAAGUCAGAGUAUUUCGGUUUAUCACGGAAAAUACUGUAGAAGAAAAAAUUGUUGAACGAGCUGAAAUUAAAUUACGACUUGAUAAAUUAGUUAUUCAACAAGGAAGAUUGGUGGAUGCUAAACAAACAGCUUUGAAUAAAGAUGAAAUGUUAAAUAUGAUUAGACAUGGUGCCAAUGAAGUUUUUGCUUCAAAAGAUAGCGCAAUUACUGAUGAAGACAUAGAUACAAUACUACAGAAAGGAGAGACGAAAACUGAAGAAAUGAAACAAAAAUUAGAGAGUCUUGGAGAAUCAUCUUUAAGAAAUUUCACUGUUGAUGCACCGACUGAUUCUGUGUAUCAAUUUGAAGGUGAAGAUUAUCGUGAAAAACAAAAGAUCUUAGGAAUUGGUAAUUGGAUUGAGCCACCUAAACGUGAACGUAAAGCCAAUUAUGCAGUUGAUGCUUAUUUCCGUGAAGCUUUAAGAGUUUCCGAACCGAAAGCUCCUAAAGCACCAAGACCACCAAAACAGCCAAUUGUACAAGAUUUUCAAUUUUUUCCACCUCGACUUUUUGAACUUCUUGAUCAAGAAAUUUAUUAUUUCCGUCAAACUGUUGGAUACAAAGUUCCAAAAAAUCCUGAACUUGGAUCUGAUGCUGCGAGGAUACAAAAAGAAGAACAAAGAAAAAUUGAUGAUGCUCAACCGUUGACUGACGAAGAAGUUGUUGAAAAAGAAAAAUUAUUAACACAAGGUUUUACUAAUUGGACUAAAAGAGAUUUCAAUCAAUUUAUUAAAGCUAAUGAAAAGUAUGGUCGAGACGAUAUUGAGAAUAUUGCCAAAGAAGUUGAAGGAAAGACUCCUGAAGAAGUUAUGGAAUAUUCUGCUGUCUUUUGGGAACGUUGUCAUGAACUUCAAGACAUUGAUAGAGUUAUGGCACAAAUUGAGAGAGGUGAAGCUAAAAUUCAACGUCGUGCUGGAAUUAAAAAGGCUUUAGACGCAAAAAUGGCUAGAUAUCGUGCACCAUUCCAUCAACUUCGAAUUGCUUAUGGUACUAACAAAGGAAAAAAUUACACUGAAGAAGAAGAUCGAUUUUUAGUAUGUAUGUUACAUAAACUGGGAUUUGAUAAAGAAAAUGUUUACGAAGAAUUAAGAGCAACAGUUCGUGCAGCACCACAAUUUAGAUUCGAUUGGUUUGUAAAAUCAAGAACAGCUUUAGAAUUGCAAAGAAGAUGUAAUACCCUUAUUACCCUAAUUGAACGUGAAAACCAAGAAUUGGAAGAACGAGAGAGACAAGAAAGACGAAAGAAGGGUGGUAAUGUCGGAGCUAAACCAGCUGGAAAACGAAAGCAAGAAAAUCUACCAGCACCACAAGAAAAACCGCGCAAGAAAAAGAAAUAAAUUAAUUUUUCAUUUUUGUACGUCAUUUAUUUACAUUUUUCUAAUGCAAAUCUACUUGAUGAUCAAUCAACUACGACUGUAAUUUUGUAAUUUCAUUAUUUCAUUAAAAUUGAUAUCACUCUUUUAGUAUUAAUUAAUAAAUAUUUUUAAUGACUUAUUUAAUAAAAAUAUUCAACCAUAAUGAUUGCAAUCAUUUUCUAUCGUAUAGUUGUAAACUUGAUUAGUUGGUUUUUAAUAAUAUUAUUUAGAUUAAG